CCCAAACAUAGCCCCUUAGUUUAGUCUAUUGGUGGGCUUCAUAUUCGAAACGUGAAUAUCACGUGAGGAGAGUAUCGUCCACUUCCUCCUUGCACCAAUGUCCUCUUUUCGAGUUUUCGUGGCCGGAUGUUAGAACCGGAAUUUGUUGGAGCCACCCCCAGCCACUGAAGCAAGAACCGGAAUCUAGCCGAUCGAAGUUUUUUAUCAAAACAAUUCUCGCCGUCGCUCAAGACCUCCGCACUGAGAUUGCCACAACCGAAGUAGAUAUGGGGUUUCGACCCCUUAAGCCCUAGCUUCUCAAAUCCACAUUACUGAGGCUUUUCAUGCCAUACGCCCAGAUAUCCGUCGACUUUGGCUGAUUUUUCGAACUGGGUCAUCCAUGGAUUUCGUGGAGCUGGAGGCGAUUGAGGGUCUCCGAUGGUCAUGGAACUCCUGGCCCGUUUCGAAAUCCGAAGCUUCCGGUUUAGUUGUCCCCCUCGCGAUCAUGGCGACGCCGUUAAUGUCCUUCAACGAGCUGCCGGUGCUCCCGUACGACCCUCUCGUCUGCUCUGAGUGCGGAGCCGUUUUGAAUCCAUAUGCCCGUGUCGAUUACCCGACCCGGACAUGGUCCUGCCCGUUUUGCUACCGGAAAAAUCCGUUCCCCAAGUCGUAUCUUGGCAUCAGCGAGAACAAUAUUCCGGCGGAGCUUUUUCCGACUUAUAGUACGGUUGAGUAUCAGCUGGGGAAGAAGGGUUUGACAACCACGCUUUCGGCCUCGAACUUGGUAUCUGGUUUUGGAAAUGGGGCAUCGUCUCCCUCUCCUAGGUCAACCCGGGGGUCGUUUUCGUCACUGUCCACGCUUUCGAUGGUAUCUGGGACGGAUUUGACCGGACCUGCGUUCGUGUUUGUAGUGGAUGCCUGUACGCCGGAAGAGGAGCUAAGGGUUGUGAAGAAUGAACUGCUGCAUUUGAUUUCGCAGUUGCCCGAAUAUGCUUUGGUGGGUUUGGUGGUUUUUGACUCCAUGGUUUGGGUUUAUGAUCUAAGCUUUGUUGAGUGCUUCAGGGUUGUACUUUUCCAUGGUGAGCGUGAGCUCUCAUCUGAGCAGACCAAACAGCUACUAGAUAUUCAUCAGGUGAAAUACCAAACGGGAGUAAUACCUACCAUGCAGAAAUCAGGAUUCCUGGUACGUCUCUCUGAGGGGGAAUUCAACAUAUCUGCUGCUAUUGAAGAUAUCCAACCUUCGCCACUUGUCAUGCCAGGUCACCGUCCUAUUAGAUCCACGGGAACUGCCAUAUCACUUGCUGUUGGACUUCUGGAAGCAUACUCAGUCACCACGGGUUCUCGUAUCAUGAUUUUCACAUCCGGGCCUGCGACCAUCGGGCCAGGAAAGAUUGUAGAUUCAGAUUUUCAAAAUUCUUUAAGAACUCAUAGAGACAUAGACGAUGGUCGGGCAGUGUAUUAUGAGAAGUCUCUUAAAUUUUAUAAGAGAAUCUCUGAGAGACUAUCUGAUUCAUCAAUCGUUCUUGACCUGUUCGCUUGUUCUUUGGAUCAAGUUGGGGCAGCUGAACUUAAGGUUCCUGUUGAAACUUCUGGAGGGUUCAUGUUGUUAGGGGAAUCCUUUGACUCCGACCAAUUCAAGAAAUGUCUUCGCUACUUAUUCACCCGAUGUGACAAGCUCGGGAAUCCAGACAUGUGUUUUGAUGCGACGAUCGAAUUAGUGACUACAAAAGAAGUAAAAAUCCUUGGGGCCCUUGGUCCAUGUGUUUCCUUGCACAAGAAGAACGGGUCCGUGAGUCACAACAAAGUUGGCCAUGGCGGGACCUAUAUGUGGAAACUUGGCAGCCUCACUAACAAGAUGUGCAUCGCCUUCUACUUUGAAGUGGGUGGAGAACAAAAGGCCCAGCAGCUGAACUCUGCAUUCUUCAUCCAGUUCAUAACCCGUUACAGACGGUGUGGUGAUGCCAUGGGGGUCGUCAGGAAAAGGGUGACAACCGCAGCAAGAAGGUGGGCUGGGGCUCGCUCGGAAUCCGUCGAAACUGGUUUUGAUCAAGAAGCAGCAGCGACGGCAGUAGCCAGGCUGGCACUCCACCGAUUGGAGAGGAACUAUGGAAAUGAUGUCAUCAGGUGGUUGGACAAGACGUUGAUCCGUUUUGCCUCCAAAUUUGGCGAUUAUGCCCAAGAAGACCCAUCUUCGUUCCGCCUCUCGUCCAACUUCUCACUAUACCCACAAUUCAUGUACUAUCUCAGGCGGUCCCAAUUCUUGGAGGUUUUCAAUUCCACCCCAGACGAGACAGCGUUUUUCCGGCUUAUGUUGAACCGAGAGGGAGUGGUAGGGUCCCUCAUUAUGAUCCAACCCACUCUCUUUCAGUAUUCCUUUGACGGCCCCCCUGUCCCUGUUCUCUUGGAUGUUUGUUCCAUCUCCCCAGAUGUUAUUUUGCUUUUCGAUUCUUACUUCUAUGUUGUCAUACAUUACGGGACUAAGAUUGCAGAAUGGAGGAAGCUCGGGUAUGCACAGGACCCAAGACAUGAGAGCUUGAGGAAGUUGUUGGAGGCUCCGGAAGUGGAUGUGGAGCAGUUCGUGAGUGAUCGUGUGCCUGUUCCAAAGGUGAUCAGGUGUGAUCAACACAGCAGUCAGGCGAGGUUUCUUCUUGCUAAGUUGAAUCCGUCUCUGACUCAUAACAAUUUAACGCAUGCCGGGGAUGGUGUGGAUGUUAUUUUUACUGAUGACAUUAGCCUUCAAGUGUUCAUUGAGCAUUUGCAGGCCCUGGCUGUCCAGGGUUAAUUGAUUGGUUGUUUGUUGUAUAGUUGUGUACAUUAAUAUUGAGAUGGGACAGAAGUCUUUUUUAUGUACUCUUUUGGUCCAACAUAGAAGCCAUGUAUGUAUAUAUCCUUCGAUUUGCCUAAGAGUAAAACCGUAGCAGGAAAAGAUUUGUAGAUUCCCCAUCAUUCAGCAUAUUUGCUUCAUG